AAGCCGCUGUUGCGCCAAAGGCCCCAAAGCGAAGAACGCUCAAUUGCUGGAAGGGCACGGAGGGAGAGAAACAGAGCCAAAAAGAAAAGAAAAGAAAAAAAAAAGCCCUAUUCUCUUCUCUCUCUGCCUUACUUUCUCCCUCUUCCCCCCGCUACUUCCAUUCUCUUCCUUUCCGACAAUUCGACCCCACAAUUUCUCCGCAUUUCACUCUCUCUCUAAAUUCCCCUUUCAAAAAACAAUACAAUGCCAGCUUCUCCUUCAGAUGGUCGAGGUCGAUGGAAGCGGCGGAAGCGAGAGCGAAGAGCUAAACACCACCAAGAAGAAAACGACGUCGUUCCGGAGGAAGACGAAGAAGAAGACAACAACAACAACAACAACAACGACGACCUCGACAACCACCGCGAGAACUCCGGGGACGAUGCCGGCGGAGCCGUUACGGAUCCAUCUUUAGCGGGGCCCAGCGAGAGUGAGGUCCUCGCCGACGGUGGAGUUCGCAUCUCGGAGUUCCCCGCCGUGGUGAAGCGCACGGUGAACCGUCCUCAUGGUUCCGUAAUGGCGAUCGUGGCGGCUGAACGGGCGGGUUUGGUUGGGGAUAGCAAGGGGCACCAACAGGUGGCGCUGGCGGUUUUGGAGAAUGUUUCGUACGGACAGUUACAGGCGGUUUCGGCGGAAGCUCCCGUUGUUGAUCCGGAGAAGUAUGUGAUUACCUCUCCUCCGAUAAUGGAGGGGCGUGGCGUUGUUAAGAGGUUCGGGAGUAGGGUUCAUGUCCUGCCAAUGCAUUCAGAGUGGUUUUCACCAGCCUCUGUGCAUCGACUAGAAAGACAAGUUGUGCCGCAUUUUUUCUCAGGAAAAUCACCAGAACAUACGCCAGAAAAAUAUAUGGAAUGUAGAAACCACAUUGUUGUCAAAUACAUGGAUAAUCCAGAGAAGAGAAUCACAGUUUCUGAUUGCCAGGGAUUGAUAGAUGGUAUCAAUAUUGAGGAUUUGACUCGAAUCGUUCGGUUUCUUGAUCACUGGGGAAUUAUCAAUUAUUGUGCUACUUCACGAAGUCACGAGCCAUGGAAUGUUGGGUCCUACUUAAGGGAGGACCCAAACGGUGAGGUUCAUGUGCCAUCAGCUGCUUUAAAGUCUAUUGAUAGUUUGAUCAAAUUUGACAAGCCAAAAUGUAGGCUCAAGGCAGCUGAUGUUUAUUCAUCAUCAUCAUGUCAUGAUGACGAUUUCUCUGACUUGGACAACAAAAUACGAGAGCGCUUAGCUGAAAACCAUUGCACUUCUUGUUCGCAGCCUAUUCCUACUUCAUAUUAUCAGUCACAGAAGGAGGUUGAUACACUACUGUGCUCUGAUUGCUUUCAUGAUGGGAGAUUUGUUUCUGGUCAUUCAAGCAUAGAUUUUGUUAGGGUGGAUUCAGCAAAAGAUUAUGAUGACCUAGAUGGAGAAAGUUGGAGUGAUCAGGAAACGCUACUGCUGCUUGAGGCAAUGGAAAUUUACAAUGAGAACUGGAAUGAAAUAGCUGAGCAUGUUGGCACUAAGUCAAAAGCACAAUGCAUACUUCAUUUUCUACGUCUACCCAUGGAGGAUGGCCUACUGGAAAAUGUGGAAGUUCCAAGCAUGCCAAAAUCAACGAGCGUUUCAAAUGGAGAUGUUCGUGGAAGAUUGCACUCAAAUAUGAAUGGGAGUGUAUCAGGGCCCAGCCUUCAAGAUUCAGAUUCUGAAAACAGGCUUCCUUUUGCAAAUUCUGGGAAUCCAGUUAUGGCUAUGGUUGCUUUUCUGGCCUCUGCUGUUGGACCUAGAGUUGCUGCAGCCUGUGCCCAUGCAUCCUUGGCAGCAUUGUCUGAAGAUGUACAGAAGGAAGGUUCAGGGCCUGGUAAUAGGAUGAACACAGAGGGUGUACAUAGCAGAGAAGGUGGUUUUCAUGGUUCUAUUCAUCAAAAAGAGGAGAACUCGGCAGUACACGGUUCAUUUGGUCAAAAUGAGGCAGAGGUUCACCCACUAUCUGCAGAAAAAGUUAAAGCUGCUGCCAAAGCGGGCCUUGCUGCUGCAGCCAUGAAGGCAAAACUGUUUGCCGAUCAUGAGGAACGAGAAAUUCAAAGGCUAUCAGCUAAUAUCAUAAAUCAUCAGUUGAAGAGAUUGGAGCUGAAGCUGAAGCAGUUUGCAGAAGUGGAAACGUUACUCAUGAAAGAAUGUGAACAAGUGGAGAAAGCAAGGCAAAGGUUUGCUUCUGAGAGGGCCCGCAUUGUAUCAGCUCGAUUUGGACCUGCUGGAGUCACGUCACAAAUGACUCUGCCUGGUGUUGCUUCCCCCAUGGUUAACAAUAGCAUUGGCAACAACAGGCAACAGGUAAUGUCAGCCUCGCCUUCACAGCCAAGCACUUCUGGAUAUGGCAGCAACCAAGCAGUACAUCCCCAUAUGCCAUUCAUGCCACGUCAACCAAUGUUUCCAACGGGCCCAAGGUUGCCCCUUACGGCCAUGCAGGCAUCCACUUCAGCUCCUCCCAAUGUCAUGUUCAGCUCACCUGGUAAUGCACAACCCAGUCUUAAUCAUCCCCUGAUGAGGUCGGUAUCUGGGACCAGCUCUGGUCUGGGUUGAAAUGGAAGACUCGGGUGUAAAGUUGGAUUUUAGUUGAUGCUCACUCACUGCACUUUGAAGAGAAGAGGUAGCCCGGACAAAACAGCGGAGGCAUCUUUAGCGCUUCCAUGUAUAGAAGCUACCUGAAGCCUGAAGCAAUUUUUAGGGCUUGUAACAUCAUACAAGCAUUCGGUUUUAAUUAUGAAUUCUUGAGAUUAAUUACCAAAAAUUAAUUUUGUAUAAUAAAUUAUUUAAAAAUUUUAGAAUAUCCCAACAGAAACAAAAUGGCAUCUAAUUUGUGUUUUAUCUUGCUCUGUA